CAAUUAUUUAGCGAUAAAUCCUGUGUUUAUAACUAUUUGACUCUGAUUAAUAUUAUAAAAUGAAUAUUCUCCUGCUGUUUGUGCUGCUUGUGUGCUACUUUGGUUCCUCGUCUCAAAAAUGCAUUUUAACCGUAGCAACAACCGAAUGCGACACUGCAAAUUUUUCCCGUGGACAUCCUGUGAAGUUGAAUUCUUAUCGAAACUUUGUGCAGUUCAAGGGAGCUAAUAUUGAGGAGAUCCCGUCAGGGACAUUUCGGUUGUUACCCGAAGUCAGCAGUCUUUACUUAAGUUUUAACACAAUUAAAAAGUUAGAGCCUGGGUCGUUCGAAGGUUUACCAAAACUGAAUCAACUGAUCCUGAAUCACAAUAGUUUAGAAGUCAUCGUUAAUGGAGUGUUUCGCGACUGCACCAAUCUGAAAAUGCUUGAUUUAGGAGCGAAUAAAAUUAAAACCAUAGAAAGGAGCGCUUUUAGCGAUCUCAUAAACUUGGAAGAAAUUGUCCUGUCGUUCAAUCAGUUAGAAAGUGUUCCUGAAAGCAUCGCCGUUUUAGUCAAAGUUAAAAAAAUAGAUUUGUCUAAUAAUAAAAUCAAGUCUAUCGAGUCGAACGUUUUCACAAAGUUAAAUUCUUUGGAAGUUUUAAGUUUGGAAAGUAAUAAAAUUCGGUACGUUCAAGACGAUGCAUUCAAGGGUUUGAACAAGCUUCAGGAAAUUAAUCUGAAAGACAACUAUCUGUCGAAUUUAAACGCUGCCAAUCUUAUAAAUAACUUGAAGUCGCUGAAAACAAUAAAACUUAGUAUAAAUGAUUUUGUCUGUAAGACAUUGAAGGCCAUUAUCGACGAAUUCGAGGCAAGAAAUAUCAAAGUGACACGAGGAGUUUCAAAAGCGGACGUUACUAUAAAUGGAAUCGCUUGUAAACUGCAAUAAAUUUUUGCAUCAUU